AUGAAGUAUCCACUCCUUGCCGGCAUUGCUGCUCUCGCCGGGAUGGCCCUUGCCGAAGUGCCCCCGGUCGUGAUAAAGGGCAAGAAGUUCUUCUAUUCGAACAACGGCACUGAGUUCUACAUUCGUGGUGUUGCCUACCAGCCGGACUACAAUGCUCGUGCUGGCGCGACUUCUACCACAGACGACUACACCGAUCCCUUGGCCGAUAUCAAUACCUGCACGCGUGAUAUUCCCUACUUGGUCGCACUACGCACCAAUGUUGUCCGGACCUACGCCGUCAACCCUAACUCCAGCCACGAUGCGUGCAUGAAGGCCCUAGCGGACGCCGGUAUCUACGUGAUGACUGACUUAGCGUCGCCCGCUCAGUCUAUUGACCAGGAUAGCCCCCAGUGGACCACAGAUCUUUUCGGCCGCUACGCUGAAGUCGUUGAUGCAUUCGCCGGCUAUAGCAACGUGAUUGGUUUCUUCAUCGGAAAUGAAGUUGCCAACAACCCGAGUAAUACAGACUCGAUGCCCUUCGUCAAGGCCGCCGUUCGUGAUAUGAAGGCCUACAUUAAGGAGAAGGGUUACCGUUCCUCCCUCGCUAUCGGGUACGCCACUAAUGACGACAAGAGCAUUCGUCAAAAUAUUGCCGAUUACCUCGUUUGCGAUGACGAAUCCGACUGGAUUGACAUGUUCGGCUACAAUAUCUACGAGUUUUGUGGACAUGCGACCUAUACAUCGUCUACUUAUAACGUGCGUACCGAUGAAUUUCGACAUUAUCCUGUACCAGCCUUUUUUUCAGAAUAUGGCUGCAUCCACCCGAGUCCUCGUCACUUCUACGAUAUCCCGAUUUUGUACGGACCUGAGAUGGAGAACGUGUGGAGCGGUGGUAUCGUGUACAUGUACUACCAGACCCCAAACAACUACGGUCUUGUGUCGAUUGUGGACGACAAAGUCAGCGAGCUACCCGAUUAUAAAUUCCUAUCGGAAGAGAUCAAGUCGGCUACUCCGACUGGCGUGAAUAGCGCUGACUACACUGUUACCGACACUCAAGGUAGUAGCUGCCCUGCCACCAACUCUGACUGGCUCGCUGCGCCCACUAAUCUUCCGCCAUCGCCUAACACGGACUUAUGCGAGUGCAUGUUUAACAGUCUCACCUGUGUGCCCAAAGAUGGUACCUCUCAAGCGGAAUUGAUCAAGAACGCAUUCAACUAUCUCUAUGGCCAAACGAACGCCAUAGAUUACGUUGCUGGUGUUAUCCACAACGGAACUACGGGCCAGUACGGUGCCUAUGCUAUGUGCAAUCCGCAGCAGCAAGCCGGCUGGGCCAUGAACAAGUACUAUGAACAGCAUGGCAAGAAUGGCAAAGCUUGUGACUUCAGCGGCAUUGGGACCACGAAGGCCGUCACCAGCGCUUCCGGCAGCUGCGCUACAUCGAUGAGCUCCAUUGGCCCCGAGGGCACCAACAGCGUCUCAGGGGGCCCGGUUGCCAGCGGCGGUGUUGCCGCCACCACCACCUCGGGUAUUGCUGCCCCAUACAAUGUGCACCAGGCUGUCUAUAUCGGCAACUGGCAGGUCGGGGCCUACAUUGUCACCGCCGUCAUUUCUGGUGUCAGUAUGAUCAUGCUGUAG